GCAAAAGAUAACGCAGGGCGACGUUCUGAGAAUGCCCAGGCUCAAGAAAUCUGUGCCGGCUUCCCCUCCCUGUGCCUCAGGUGUCAGCUUGGUGCUUUCCACAGGAACACUUCCUGGAAUGAAAUUGAUCACGAAUAAGGACGAUCGCAGAGAGAAAUUGACACAGGAGCGGGUUGGAGGGAGAGCGGUCGCAUAUCUGAACCACAUCAAGACCUGCCAACCCUUUGCCCUUAUGGCUUGCAGCCUCAAAGACGAGCUACUGUGCUCCAUCUGCCUGAGUAUAUACCAGGAUCCAGUGAGCUUUGGCUGCGAGCAUUAUUUCUGUAGGAAGUGCAUCACCGAACAUUGGAACAGGCAGGACCACAGCUCUCGGGACUGCCCUGAGUGCAGGAGAACCUUCAGGGAUCCUCUGCUCUCUCCUAGCCUCAAGCUGUCCAAUAUCGUGGAGAGGUACAGCGCUUUCCCGCUGGACGCCAUCCUACAAGCCCAAAGGAACUCCUUCCCUUGCAAGGACCAUGACAAAGUCAAGUUGUUCUGUCUGAACGACAAAUGCCUGGUGUGUUUCUUUUGCGACGAGCCCACGCUACACGAGCAGCACCAUGUCACCAACAUCGAUGAAUCCUUUGAAGAAAUCCAGAGGGAGUUGAAGGAUCAGUAUGAAGCUUUGCAGGACAGCGAGCUUGGACAUAAACAGGCCCUUCAGCUUCUGAAACGCCAGCUCUCAGAGACAAAGUCUUCUGCAAAGAGUCUUCGGGCAACCAUUGCGGAAGCAUUCGAUCGUCUGCACCGUUUCUUGAAGGAGAAGCAGAAGUCGAUGCUGGAAGAGCUGGAGACCGACACAGCCCGGACGCUGAACGACAUCGAGCAGAAGAUCCAGCGCUACAGCCUGCAGCUGCGGGAAGUGCAGGAGGGAAUGCAGAUCCUGCAGGAGAAGCUUGUUGAGGCGGACAAGCUGCUCUUCCUGGAAGGAAUCAACACCACUUUAGAGAGAUUAAAGGGGAAGAUCCACGAGACCAACCUGACCUAUGAAGAUUUUCCAACCUCCAAGUACAUGGGUCCCCUGCAGUACACCAUCUGGAAAUCCUUGCUGCAGGACAUCCAACCAGUCCCGGCAGCACUGACGUUGGAUCCUAUUACAGCUCACCAGCGGCUGAUCCUCUCUGAUGACUGCACCAUUGUGGCUUAUGGUAACCUCCACCCACAGCCUUUGCAGGAUUCUCCAAAGCGCUUCGAUGUGGAGGUCUCUGUUUUGGGGUCGGAUGGCUUUGACAGUGGUGUCCACUACUGGGAGGUGAUGGUGUCUGAGAAAACACAGUGGAUGAUCGGCGUGGCACUGGAGUCCGUAAGCCGGAAAGGAAGCAUCCAGAUUCAACCUUCUCGAGGCUUCCAUUGCAUUGUGAUGCAUGAUGGCAACCAGUACAGUGCCUGCACUGAGCCCUGGACCCGUCUCAAUGUCAAGUCCAAGCUGGAGAAGGUCGGAGUGUAUUUUGACUACGACAAAGGCCUCCUGAUCUUCUACAAUGCCGAUGACAUGUCCUGGCUGUACACCUUCCGCGAGAAGUUCAGUGGGAAAUAUUUCCCCUACUUUAGCCCUGGGCAGAGCCAUGCCAAUGGGAAAAAUGUUCAGCCUUUGCGGAUCAACACUGUCCGUAUCUAAAAAAAAAUGUGAUGGGAUUAAACCAGAGUUCUUUUUUUAAAAUUCCAUUUCACUUCUUAUCCCUUUUUUUUAUUUAAGGUGAAGGCCACUUUUGUUUUCUUGAACCUCUGAGCUGGCACAGGAGAGCCAGCAGCUGCCGAUGUUGGCCCACGUCAUUCCAACCCAGCCCUCUGGUCAGGGCAAUUAAACUGUCUUACGGAACCUCUUACUCAAUUUUUUUUUCCUCCCACCCAUCCCCAUCCCCCCCCCCCAAUGGUUCUCUCUGCUUUCUCACAAUGUGGAGUUUGGAAAUAUAAGGCCAUCUCCCUCGACUGCAUUUUUUUUCAACCUCAUUGGUUUUAUAUUUGGGAUUUAAGUAAAUGUUUUCCUCUCUCUCCUUUCUGCUGCCAUUCCUAGGUGGCCUAUUUCCUGAAUCCUGGUCACCUCAACCCAAUGACCCAGGCCCCAACAUCUGGUUAAGUUUUGGGGCUUGUAGAGAGUGCACAGAUAUCUCCCGGAGUUGUGCUUGCCUGCCUAUCUGUGCUUCUUUGUGUUUCCUUUCAAUCGGUUGACUGUAAUUCCCACCCACAAGGAUGGAUAAGCAAGUUUUUCAAAUGGAUGAUGCAAAAUGGACAUCUAAUCUGUUUGAGAAAUUCUAGCCAAACAGCAGAUUAUUUGGCAAGCUGUGAAGUCUUAAAUAACCUAUUGUAAUAACUUGUGUGCUUCAUUAUUGGGACUGUACGUACGUCAAUCAAUGAUUUGGGAUCCUCCUAUCAUUUAUGUUGGUUUUAGAUCUUCUAAUGUGGAUUUUGUUUGCAUACAAUCAUGGAUCCCAGGCAUUGGUGUACAUUUGCUUCGGCACACUGCGAUUCACUCUUUCGGUGCGUCUCUAAUGAAAUUAUUUAAUGAUUUUUGUCUUCCCCCAAGGAUUGGGUGCUGAAUGCAAACCUGUUUUAAUCUGUCAAGAUCAUUCAUGAUACAGUUAGCUCUAACACCAAGCUUUUAUUUCUGGAAGAGGAAGCCUUGCUUAGCUUUGCUCUGGAGUCUGAUUGGGCCCUGACUCUGGAUCUUCACUGCAGCCUAUGUGUUGGUGUGAAUCUUCUGCUGCAGAUCAGUGCUAAAGUUACAGUGCACAUGUAAUUGGAUUCUGGUUUGAAUUUAACCUGGACUUUGACGGAAUUGAAUUAUUUUCUCUGCUGUAGCCACUUUGGAUGAUCCCGACCUAUUCUGAAAUGGUUGUGGUUGGAAACAGAAAAUUGCUCUGAGGGUAAAGUGACAUGCUUGUGGAAAACACUAACGGGGCUGGCAAGUGGAAGGACCUAUGAAUGGAAUAAGGCUGCCCCACUGAAGCUGGAGCAGAAUCGAGGUUAUUUCCAGCCUCUGACAUCAGCCGUCCUAGUCUGUAAGUGCUUGAUGCAGUGGUAGAGCAAUUGUUUCUCUCCCCCAGUGCUGAGAUGUCGUCCCUAUUGGUUUGGGAGAUUGUGUUCAGACAGAACAAGGCUUAUUUUCUAACUUCCAGCACGCAAUAUAUGCCAUCCAAGUGACUCCUGUCAGCCGCUCCUAAUGCUCUUUUUUUUUAGACCAGCCUUGUGAAGGGUCAGAUGUGGACAAUUUCUUUUAACAUGAGCGCCCCAUUUCCUUAGCUCUUCUGAAUGGCUGGACUUCUCAUAGGGCACAGCUGCACAGGCCCUGGGUUCUCUACAGCAAGGAUUGAAGUAUGCUCGUGAAAUUUGGCUGCAGAACCCCCCACAGCCAGCCCCAAUCCUAUCCUUGCCAAACAUUGCCAUGUUUAGCACUUGCAGCAAUGGCCAUUAGGUGUAGCAUGAGGCAAGGAAUCUUGUAAAGAUUUUUAUUUUGGUUUCCGUCCCAAACCCAGGGGCAUUGAAGUCUGUUAUGGUUAACUUCUCACUCAACAAAUUUGAGUGAAUAGAUCCAAGACCUCUCUGGGCCUUCAGCCACUUAUUGGACAGGUCAUUAGACACUGUGGGGAAAUUUGGGGCCAAGGUUCACUGCUUAGUAUUUUGAUAAAGCUUGGUAGCCUGGGGCUACUGAGAAUUAUUAAACCCAUUAUUCACCUUUCUUUUUUUCUCUCGAGUAUUUAUUUUAGAAGUUCUAAUUAUUUUAUUUCUUUGACAUGUAUGUGUUGGCUCAAAAUAAGCCAACAUUGGCUGCUAUUUGAUGUUGAGGUGACUUUUCUGGAGUUGAGGUGGAAAAACUACUUGUGAUAAUUACUCUUUUCCUAGCCCCCAUUCUCCACCUCCCUCAGAAAUAAUUAAUACCACAGUGAGAGGAAAGAGCUGGAAAUAACAAUGUAGACAUGUUGCAGUUCUGGUGUGAUGCAGAACCCUGUUUGGCAGUGCCUUGUCUUCUAUCUGUUGUAAAGCCUGCCUUCAAUCACCUGUGUCACAUAAAGACAGCAGGACCAAGUUCAGUGGAAGAGGAACAGCUGGAGAUGCAGCUCGUGAUGUGUCAGCUCCCUUGCAUCAUUGCUUUCUGAGGCCAGCUUGGCACUGUUAAUCUGAAGUAUCUAUCUUGUUCCCUGCAAAGCUGUAUCACUAACUCAGCAUGUAGUUCUCUGCCUUUGAAGUUUUGUUAAUUUUAAGCAUGAUUUCCUGCUGGUGUUCACUGUUUCAACUGCUGCUCAGAACAAAAACCCCUGGAAUAGGAAAACCUUUCCAGUGUUGAAUCUGAUCCCUGGCUUAAUUUCCUUUUUAUGCCCUUUGGUUUAUUAGUCAAUCGGGGAAAAUUGAUGUUGCACUUCUGCAUCUUACAUGGGUUUGUCAUCUUUGGCAAUCUGUUAUAAUCCAGUAUUUCAUCCAAUUACUCUUUCAUAAUGUGAACCUAAACUGUGAGUGCUUUAAGGUUAUUUGACUGUCGGGGGUUAUCAUACUUAAUAAAUUUUUGGUCCUGUUUUUACUGUAAAUCCAUUUGCACAGUUUCCAGAAUGCUGCAGUCUCUGUGAAUUGUAGUAACUUAGAAGGAUUUCUCUCAUCUCUCCUUUUACUCCCUCUCUUCCUGACUUUGUGCUACAUUGGGUGGUACCAUUGUUCAGCAGCUCAUGGGCAAGCAUUUCCUGCUCGGGUUCAUCAUCUGAGCAGAACAACUCCCUGAUUUUAAUUAAAGAAGCAAUCUAAAUGCAGUAAGAUGUGAUAAAAAGCUGCUAUUCAGUUAAAGGUUGAGUACACAACAAUUGCAUUCUCAAUAAAUUUAAACAUAAGCCAUAUUAAGUAAUCAGUUAUUGAACUCAGCAGCUGCUUGAACAAAAUGAUAUUUAAUAAAAAUGCCACCUUUUUAAAAAUUAGGAUGCAAGAUUUUCUCAAAUGAAUAUUUACCUUGUCAACUAUUCCACAUUUCUGUUCUAAUCUACAAUCUAGCCCUGACUGGUUUGUGGAAGUUCUACUUGAAUUAAUGGUUUUGUUGUGCUGUACUUAUUGGUCUUGGCUGAUCAUCUGCAAUUCUGACACAGGCAUAUAAUCAGGGCUACGGUGCUGGCUUUUGUAUUUCUUUGACUCUAGGGAUAAGAUUGAGUCUGCAUAGAGCUGAGCAUCCUUCCAAAGCCAAUACCCUGAUGGGAAGACACCUCUGUUGGUAUUAACUCAAAUUGAACAUUUCCAAAAGUUCAGAACAGCUAAGGGAGUGGUGAAAUUUUGGUUCUGCACCUGGGUACAGACUGUGUGAGGGUGCACAGAUCAGGUAUAUUGAUGUGAAGCUGAGAAGAACCUGUGAAUAUAACCUAUAGAAUCAGCUAUUCCAGGGGAGAGAUUUUAUGGGUCUAUGUGUCACACACUGGGUUAGAAUUCAUCAAACACAUGGAAUGUUAACAGACCAUUCACGGUACUACCUCUGGUGGAAUUAUUAGUAUUGGGAGAUGCAUGAUGGUAUUCCCACCAUGUUGGUUUUAGACCUCCAGAAUGUACACUCAUAGUUUGUUUCUUCCUUGACUGUGCCCUUAAUAAAAUUAUGGGAUGCUGCUUA